GGAAACCCCUAUUUUUCCAUGACGUCAACAGGAGGUGGCGCUCGACCACAAGCUCAAAUUUGACGAAGAAAAACGGUGAAAGAACGAAGGUCAGUGAGCGGAGAAAAUGGCGACCACUCAGCAUCCGAAAACCGAUUCUUGGUACAUCGCUUUACUGGGUCUUAGUGAAAGCUUUAGGACAGCUAGCCCACCUAAAAUCAAGCAUUGCAUUCACUGUUUACAGUCAAUAUUACAAUUUAAGCCACCGCCUCAUAUCGAAGCCAGGACGCAUCUACAGAUGGGCAGCUUAUUGUUCACGCAUACGAAGAAUAUGGAUUUAGCGCGGACUCAUUUAGAGAAGGCGUGGGCCAUGGCACAGAGUAUUCCAAACUUUGAUGAAGUUAAGUUUGAAGCAGCCAGUCUCCUUGCUAGUAUACAUGAACAACAGACACAGCUACACCCAGCAAAGCAGAUCUUACGUAAAGCAAUCAGCAUCUCUCAGCAAGCUGCAUUCUGGCGAUGUAGAUUACUCUUUCAAUUAGCACAAAUUCAUGCACAUGAGAAGGACUUUGUAUCAGCAUGUGAUUUGUUAAGAGUAGGAGCUGACUAUGCUGUAGUUGUAGGUUCAGUCUAUACACAAGCUCUCUUUCUCCUUAGUCAAGGAGUGUUAUUAUUAGUAGACAAGAAGUAUGGCGAGGUAGAUCCAGUGCUGACAUCAUGUGGUACAGUGAUAGGAUCCUACCAGGGUACGCCUACCAAUAAGGAAUCUCUCAAGGUCUAUUUCUUGGUACUACAAGUCUGUCAUUACCUCAUGGCAGGACAAGUCAAAAGUGUGAAGCCAGCUCUCAAGCAACUACAACAAGCAAUACAAAGUAUCACUGUAUUACAUACGGAAGAAGAGGAAGCUAGUAAUCCAGCCGAUCAGUUUCACUGGUUACCAAAGGAACACAUGUGUAUCUUAGUCUAUCUGGUCACCGUAAUGCAUUCAAUGCAAGCAGGCUACAUGGAUAAGGCUCAGAAAUAUACAGACAAGGCCCUCUUACAGAUCAGUAAACUCAAGAUCCUUGACUCCCAUCCGAUCCUAUCAUCUUUUCAACUCAUGCUGUUAGAACAUAUCAUCAUGUGUAGAUUAGUCAUGGGCCAGAAGUCACUUGCAGUACAAGAGAUUUCACAAGCAUGUCAAGUCUGUUCCCAAAACCCUAGAUUAUUCAACCUACAUAGAGCACAGCUGCAUACGUUAUUAGGUCUCUAUUCAAUGUCAAUGAACUGUAUGGAAAGUGCAGAGGCGCAAUUCAAUACAGCAUUGCGGCAAUUAACUACGCAAACAGAACUGUGGCAGUUUAUCUCACUCAACCUGGCAAUAGUCUACCUCCGGUCUGGUAACAGGCAACAAGAGUUAUUAUCACUAUUAGAGAGAGUGAAUCCAGAGACAACACACAUACAUGCACACAGUCUCAAAGCAGCAGGUUUCUAUGUCAAGGGUCUUCAAGCUUUCUUCCAAGCAAGAUAUAGUGAAGCAAAGAGAUACCUUAGAGAGACGCUGAAGAUGGCAAAUGAAGAAGAUCUGAACAGACUGACAGCAUGUUCCCUGGUACUCCUUGGCCACAUAUUCUUGUCAUUAGGAAACAAUAGGGAAAGUCAAAACAUGGUGUUGCCAGCGAUGCAGUUAGCAGGCAAGAUUCCAGACAUGCAUAUACAGCUCUGGGCAUCAGCAUUACUAAGAGAUCUGUACCACAUGUCAGGGGAUCCAGUCAGGCAGAGUGAAGGGUAUCAGAUGCACAGUUCAUUUUCACAGCAACUCCUCUCAGAUCACUUCCAGUCCUCACAACAACCUGAACACAAUCUCAUACAUUGGACAGAUGGCCCUAUUCCACCUCACCUCCUGCAGUCAGAAGGUGCAAGUACCAGUAUCUUGUAGCAUUCCAAACUCCAGAGGGAGGUCUUCAACCCCUAUCGAGUCUUUGAUCACCGGAAUCGUGUCUGUCUUUACCAUAGCAGAUAGUGGACUGUGUUAAUGAGACAAUAGACUCGUGGCAUAGCAGACUUGUUCUGGUUGGUUCAAGAUGUUGCCGUCUCUUGCGAUGUGCGCCAUAGAUCGUAAGGUGAUUGUUGCUGAAGCCCUUUGAUUUCUGAAGGGGCAGUGGGUUACCCAGAGAAACCUGCAGUAGUGCAAAGAAGGUACUCAGGAGGUCAUCCCUUCUUCCGCCUGUUGCUUGACCAACAUCACAAGCUCAUUCCAGUGUAUCAGGUGGAAAGCUGAACAAAGGUGACAGUUAUGAUGAAGACUAUUUGUU